AUGUCAGCGCUGCUACCAAGUCCUACCAUGCCUUUUCCUGGCAGGAGUCGCUCGUGCCUUCGCACAAUUUGCACGUCUGCAUCGUUAGGGGCUCAGCGCUGGCGUGAACGGGGCAUCUAUACGUCCGACCUGCUGUGUCAGUACCAUCGCAAGCAACAGCUACCUGGUCAUCGGCACCAUAGCCAACGGAGAUUACGCACGUCAGAAGCUGGCGGCGGAGCUUCGAAAGAUCAGCCGCUUGUUUGCCAGGCUAUGAACUCGGCCAGCUUUGGGCCGCAGCCGGGUUCCUUCCCUGCCUGGGUUUGGGGUUGGGGUGGAGGAUGGCUGGGGAACCUGGCACGCUUCUACUAUUAUUACCGCGAGAUCCUCACGCGGGCUGUGCUGACUGUGGGCCUGUUGGCAAUCAUCCGCUGCGGCCACUUCAUUCCAAUGCCAGGAAUUGAUCUGGCACUCGUGUCUACCGCAGGGGCGAGCACAGCAGGUGAGCGGCUGAUCAAGGCGCUCUAUGGUCAGGCUCAAGACAUUCCCGCCUCCCUGUUCGAUCUGGGCAUAUCUCCCUUUGUAAACGCGUCCAUCCUGCUGGCGGUCGCGCUGGUGCUACCCCAGGAGAUGGCCACACUGCCGGGCCUGAGCUGGCUUAGUCGGCUGCGGGAGGCCCGGAAGGAGGGACGCACGGGCGAGGCGCUCAUUAACUCCACCACCAACCUCGUCGCUCUGUGUUUUGCGGUGUAUCUUGGCCUUGUACGCGCUUUUGAGCUGGAGCCUUGCGCGGUGCUCGGCGGUGGCGGCAUGUUUGUGCCACAGACCGUCCUGGCGCUGGUGGCGGGCAGUGCCUGCAUCCACAUGUGCGCCUCCACCAUUACGGCCUUUGGUCUGGGGAAUGGCUCCUCGCUGGUCAUCUGCUCCAGCAUUAUCACGGAAUACGCGUCCACAUUGCACACGGUGCUGUGCUCGCUGGACACGAGCCUACUAUCCCCCGCCCGCCUGGCGGCCAUGCUGGGGGGCUACCUGGCGCUUGUGCUGACCUCCGUGUGGCUCUCCACUGCGGAGCUGAGGCUGCCGCUGGUGCAGUAUGCAACCAGCGCACCUCCGCCCCCCGAGCCGCGCGGUGGUGGUGGCGGAGGCGGCGGACUGCAAGACCUCAUCGCUCAGGCACGGAUUCUGGCACAGAAGAAGAGCAGCGAGCGGUCGCAGCGAGGAGUAGCGGGUGGAGGGGUACCCCUAUCCUUGCCUGGAGUUGGCACCGCCUCGGGUGCGGGAUCCGGGGUCGCAGGAACCAGGACCGUGGGUUCAGGCUCUAAUGCUGGGGGCGCUCGCCCGUCUGAGUACUUCCCCAUCCAACUCAACUCCAAUGGCAUGAUGUCCAUCGUGCUCGGUGGCGCAGCAUACUUUGGUUUUCUUCCCAAGUUAGUGGAGUUGCUCGGCGGCGGCGCGGGUGCGGCGGCGGCCUUGUCCUCAGCUCUAGUAAGCCCGUUGGGCCUUGUCGGCUACGGCCUCACUGUAGCUGCGCUGGAGUUCCUGCCUCUGGGGGCCAUCAACCCCAAGGAGAUGGCCGAGUACUUCAACAUGAUGAACGUGGGCCUUAAGGGUGUUGUCCCUGGGGAGCCCACCGAGUGGGAGUUGCGCAACAAGCUGCUGCAAUGCAAGUUCUGGGGUGGUGCAUGCCUGGGCGCCCUAGCGGUGGCAGCGCAGCUAUACGACAGUGCAUGUGUGCAGAUCCUGGGUACUAGCCUGGGCACGACCAGCCUCCUCAUCAUCGUCGGUGCGGUGCUGCAGACGGCUCGACAGGUGGAAGGCUUGUUGGAAGGUCCCAAGCUGCAGCGGAAGCUAGACCAGGAGCGGGCAGCCAUCCAAUCGCUGUCGCUGCUGUAG